GUGAUAGCGUCACUGCUGGAGUCUUACAUGAUGAAAGCAGUGAUAGUGUCACUGCUGGAGUCUCGCUCAUACGAUCCCAGAUGAAAAUAGCUGUGUUCACAGAUUCUUCUGGCUUCCCUCCCCUCUCCCCUUCAUCAAUACUUCAUUAAUUCCUUCUUAUCGCCGCCUCCGGCUUCAGUAAUUAUAGAAAGCAAUAAUAGGCACCCUUGGCUAGGCAUCAACCCCUACAAGGCUCACGUCUUGAUUAGGAGAUGAUAAUUUGAAGCCAACCAUUGCUUACUGUGUAGUUUUGUAAUGGAAUGACCUUUCUGAAGGCGUAAAGCUUCGUAUAUAAGGAAGAAUCCGCCAGGGAAGUGUCCAUCUGGGUGGCAGCUGGGGAUACGCAACCACCUGCUAGGACUCCUCUCUCCACCUUUACCUGUCUUUCCGUUGGGUUAAUGGCGUUUCUAACAGUGUGUGACCAUCAAAGUCGCCUCUUUUACAGGUGCUUUCAGGCGCAGGGACGAGGCAGGAGCGCCAUGUUGAGUCUGGCGGCGGUACACCUGUUAGUAACUGCCCUGAGCCUCUCCGUCAGCGUCGCUUCAGGCAGCGAGGUGGCUCUUGCGAACACCUUCAAGAACGACGGAGAAGAUGGACAGGUGGGCGUGUCGUCAUGGGCAUUGCCACAGUGGUGGUGGCUUACUGCUGUCCUUCCCCUCCCACAGAGCCAGCCUCGCUACCACACCUCGCACUCCACCACUAAGACAGCCUCGGAUCUAGCCACCUUAUCCGAAGAGGACUCAGCGAUGUCGAUAGUGCUGCCCGGGGAGCAGCUGGGGCAGAGCGAGGGAGGUAACAGCGAGGUGUUACAAGCUACAACACCCGCUGAAGGAAGACUCAACAAGCGCUCCCACCUAUGCAGGUCACCCAGAUGUCAUCGUGGGAUGACUAACAUUAUCCCCGCUUCUGAAGUGAAGCAGAGCUGGAGAAAGGAGUACCUGUCGGUGCCUGAAGCUCUCGUCCAGUUUUCCCAAGUGCAGGCAGAGGAGGAGGUGUGUAAGGACCUCUCCGUACAACUGUACAGUGUUGAUCUGACGGAGCACUAUCUCGAGCCAUUGUGGGUGAGGGAGACCGUGCACUUGGGCAUGUGUCCCUCCAAGCUGCAGACACGGCACCUGGGGGAGAACGUGUGGCCCCCCAACGUGGUGGAGAUUAAGUGCCUGUGCCAGCGGGAGACUUGCUCCAACUUGGGUGGAGACUUCAGGUGUCAGGUGGUGCGUCGCCCCGUCAGGAUGUGGGUGCGUCACCAAGACCAGUUCAUACCCAUGCAGGAGAUGGUGUCUGUUGGGUGCGUGUGUGCCCAGCGCAUCAGUCCUGAGGGCAAGUAUGUUAGACCUUCACUCUUGUCUUAACUAUGGCAAGGAUCUAAAGAUCCGUACUGCCCACAACAUUGAUGAGCAGACACACGUACAACAACAAGCUUUGAUUAUGUCACUGCCGAAGGAAACAUCAUUCGGUCCGAAGAGUGUUCUAAAAUAUAUCUUUUCCUCAACUGUGGUACAACACCCGCGUCUCCACCAGACUAGGGACCAGAGAGCCUGUUCAUAGCCCAGUCACAUAACACUUGAACAAACAAUAGGACACAUUUAAAUGAAAACGCUUCAGUCUUGAGACUUUGAUCACUUCUAACAAAAAAAAAAUAAAACCACUUUAUCAGUAUCCAAGGUUUACAUCAUGCUAGACAGUCAAGUGACAGAUUCAAGGCUCAACAGCAGCCACAUAUCACCUCAGCAACCAGCACGACUCUCACGAUCAUUAUAAUUUUGGUUCAGCACUAAACUUGUCAUGGUUCUGUGCUUAACCGUGAGGGCGGGUCAAGAACCUCAGUCAGCAUCAGCGGGUCAAGAACCUCAGUCAGCAUCAAGCGGUCAAGAACCUCAGUCAGCAUCAGCGGGUCAAGAACCUCAGUCAGCAUCAGCGGGUCAAGAACCUCAGUCAGCAUCAGCGGGUCAAGAACCUCAGUCAGCAUCAGCGGGUCAAGAACCUCAGUCAGCAUCAGCGGGUCAAGAACCUCAGUCAGCAUCAGCGGGUCAAGAACCUCAGUCAGCAUCAAGGCAACCAUACGAAGGUUCUUCUGUUAACAGGAGACUGACCAAUACUACACCAACUAGCAUCCCUUGCUACCAGCACCACCAUAACUACUAGCAACCCUUGCCACCAGCAUCACCACAACAACUACUAGCAGUCAUCUCUACCAGCACCACCACAACCACUAGUAGCCUUUACUGCCAGCACCACAACAACUACUAGCAACCGUUCCCACCAGCACCGCCACAACUACUAGCAACCGUUCCCACCAGCACCACCACAACUACUAGCAACCGUUCCCACCAGCAACACCACAACUGCUAGCAGUCCUUGCUACCAGCACCACCACAACUACUAGCAACCCUUGCCACCAGCACCACAACAGCUACUAACAGUGCUUGCCACUGGUACCACCCCAACUACUAGCAACCCUUGCCACCAGCACCACAACAGCUACUAACAGUGCUUGCCACUGGUACCACCCCAACUACUAGCAACCCUUGCCACCAGCACCACAACAGCUACUAACAGUGCUUGCCACUGGUACCACCCCAACUACUAGCAACCCUUGCCACCAGCACCACAACAGCUACUAACAGUGCUUGCUACUGGUACCACCCCAACUACUAGCAACCCUUGCCACCAGCACCACAACAACUACUAACAGUGCUUGCCACUGGUACCACCACAACUACUAGCAACCCUUGCCACCAGCACCACCACAACUACUAACAGUGCUUGCUACUGGUACCACCACAACUACUAGCAACCCUUGCCACCAGCACCACAACAACUACUAACAGUGCUUGCCAUCAGCACCACCACAACUACUAACAGCGUUUGCCACCGGUACCUCCACAACUACUAGCCACCCUUGCUACCAGCACCACCACAACCACUAACAACACCCUUGCCACCAAUACCACUACAACUACUAAUAGCCAUCUCCACCAGAAUCACCAAAACCACUAACAGCCGUUGCUACCAGCACCGCCACAACCACUAGCAGCCCAUGCUACCAGCACCACCACAACCACUAGCAGCCCAUGCUACCAGCACCACCACAACCACUAGCAGCCCAUGCUACCAGCACCACCACAACCACUAGCAGCCCAUGCUACCAGCACCACCACAACCACCAACAACCAUCGUUACCAGCAGUGUCAGCUGAGCUACAGCCGUGUGCUGAUGUCAGCAGUGUCAGUUGACCUACAGCAGUGUGCUGAUGUUAGCAGUGUCAGCUGACCUACAGCAGUGUGCUAAUGUCAGCAGCGUCACCUGACCUGCAGCAGUGUGCUAAUGUCAGCAGUGUCAGUUGACCCACAGCAGUGUCAGCUGACCUACAGCAGUGUGCUGAUGUCAGCAGUGUCAGUUGACCUACAUCAAUGUGCUGAUGUCAGCAGUGUCAGCUGACCUACAGCAGUGUGCUAAUGUCAGCAGUGUCAGAUGACCCACAACAGUGCUACUGAUGUCAGCAGUAACAAUUGUAUCAGGUCACAGGCACAGAGUGACCACCACAGCUACAGUGACCACCACAACCACAGUGACCACCACAGCUACAGUGACCAUCACAAGUACAGUGACCAUCUCAGCUACAGUGGCCACCACAGAUGCAGUGACCACCACAACUACAGUGACCACCACAUCUACAGUGACCACCACAACUACAGUGACUACCACAACUACAGUGACCACCACAACUACAAUGACCACCACAGCUACAGUGACCACCACUGCUA